AUGUUCAUAUGGAAAGCUCUUCAAAAUGCCUUACCAGUGGGAGAACAGUUAGCCAUUCGACAGAUUACAACCACCUCUAAGUGUUGUAGAUGCCCAGAAAAUGAAUCAGUCUUCCACCUUCUAUUCAAUUGCCCCUUUGCGGUUGAGGUUUGGAACCGAUCUCCAUGGACAUCAGGCCUGAUCACCUCGAAUUGGACAGAUGUUCUCUCAGGCUUGAAAGAUGUUAUGGAAUUAUCCACUCUACCACCAACGGGCCUUCCUAAAAGAAGUCUAUAUCCAUGGAUCUUGUGGAACCUUUGGACGGCGAGGAACCAGAAAAUCUUCAGCUCCCGACUUCUAAUGGCGGAUGAGCUUAUAUCUAAAGAAUUUGGUGAGGCCAGAGAAUGGAAGGACAACCAGAUUACGCCAAAUCUGGAUCCUCCCAAAGCCAAUCCAAAUCCUCCCUUCAUCGAUCCUCCGCCGGCAGGAACUAUUACAUGCCAUACCGAUGCAGCUUGGCAUGAGGAGUCUCAAAAGGCAGGCGUGGCAUGGAUCCUCUCAUACGACCAACAACGACAAUCGACGACUCACUCUUCAUCGGUGGAACACGUCUCAUCGGCCUUGAUGGCUGAAGCCUUAGCAAUAAGAUCGGCGGUUAUGCAUGCAAAGAAUGCUCAUAUCAAGAACCUACUUCUCCUCUCCGAUUCACAGGUAGUGCUAAGAUCAAUUGAAGCUGGAAACUUGAUUAUGGAUCUCCAUGGGAUACUAGCUGACAUCGACAGUAGUACUGCUGCAUUUAAUUUUGUUCGGUUUAAAUUCAUACCAAGAAAAGAAAAUUGUAAUGCAGAUCUUGCAGCCAAAUUAGCCCUGAUGGGUUCAAACCAUUUGUAA